AGUAGAGUAUUUUAAAAGGCUAUUUAGGUUGUAAAUUAAAAAAAAAAAAAAACACAGAAAGAAACAAGCAAUUAAAGGUAAAGCUUUAUUAUAAACCGUGAAGCUUUAGAUUGUCAAAACAGACUAUAUAACACUUUAAAAAAUGGAAUGGAAAUUAGAGACUUUUAAAAUCAAAACGGCAGAAGCCAUGCUGUGGGAAAACAUAAUGAGCACACUUGCAGAAGAUUUCAACAGGGCUAAAAAACAGUACGCACAUAAGAUAAGAAAGGUAGAUCGUGGAAAGACAUCAUACUCCAGAUUUAAAAGCAGAAUUGUGAAAAGGCUGAGGUCAGAGAUUACUGUUGCUAGCAGCCCACUGGCCACAAGAUGGCAGCAGUCCUUCAACAGAGAAUUUGACACAGUCUGUCAAAGACUUCCUUUGGAUCUUUCACCAACCCCAGAAAACAGCUCUGACUCUGAGCAGACGCUUGGAGAACUUGAAACAACAUUAACAACUCAAGUUUCCCCAGACAAGCCGAAGCAACACAGUUAUCUACAACCUGGCAUCGUGCCUCCACCAGCAGCAUGUCAAGGGACAAAUCCAACGGCUGACAAUGAGAACAAACAGGAAGUCUCUCUGAAAUUAGGUGAUGAAAAGAAAAGAGCCCCCGAUAACACGCCCGGGCUCUGCGAGGGCUCUGCGUACAAAGCUUCAGCUGACAGACCCCAUCCUAUUCAGAGUAGUCCUGUCAAUAGUGACUGCACUCUCCCAGAACUCGAGAUGAAACUAGACAUUACUGGGUUGAGGGAUGAUUACUACUUAAACUUACUGGACUGGAAUUCCAAAAACCUUGUUGCUGUGGCUUUGAAUUCCUCUACUUAUAUGUGGAAUGCCAAAACUCACAAGACACUAGGAGGAAUCCAUUUCAAUUCUGACACUAAAUAUGUUUCAUCGGUUGCCUGGAUAAACCAUGGCAAUUGUCUUGCAAUUGGAACUAGUGAUGGUGAAGUUCAGUUAUGGGAUGUCGAAACAAAGAAAAGACUCCGAAACAUGCUUGGUCAUCAAUCUGUAGUGGGAGCGCUGAGCUGGAAUAACUACAUUCUCAGCAGUGGUUCGCACUUAGGAUUAAUUCACCACCAUGAUGUCAGAAUUGCACGACAUCACGUUGGGACUCAUCGUCACCAGAAAAGUAUCUGUGGGCUUAAAUGGUCACCUAAUGGUGGUCGCCUUGCUAGCGGAUCAAGUGACGGCCUGCUGAAUAUCUGGCCCAGUGAUCCAGGCAUGACAGUACGCAGCCAGCCCCUACAGACAAUGGCCCACCCCACAGCUGUGAAGGCAAUGGAUUGGUGUCCAUGGCAGUCUGAAUUGGUGGCUGUAGGGGGAGGAAUGAAGGAUGGAGUUCUACGAAUAUGGGACACAAACACUGGGAGCUGCAUUAAAUCUACUCACACUAACUCACAGAUUUGUUCAUUACUUUGGGCGAAAGAAACAAAGGAGCUAAUAACAGGACAUGGUCUUCCCAAAAAUCUAAUUGUUCGGUGGGACUUUCCAUCUAUUACUAAAAUAGCUGAGUUGCAUGGUCACAAAGGAAGAGUUCUGAAUUUAGCUUUAAGCCCAGAUGGAAGACAGUUUUUUUCCGCAGCAGCUGAUGGAACUGCUUGUGUGUGGAGAUCCAAAGACAGUGAAGACACAUAUCAAGAGCAAGGCACAGAGAAGUCUGACUGAUAUUACCUGAGUAUAUUUGCAAUGUAGAAGUGAACUGAGCCUCAAUAAAUCACAAUGGGGGACAACACCAGUAGGAUUAAUAGAUUCUGUAGUUACUCUUUAGCAGGAGUGUAACAAUACACUAAUAUUGUGAUACAACACGCACAGUAUCAGGAUACACAGGUCACAAUACAAUAUGUAUCACAAUACAUAUAAUGGCCCUGAUUGGCUACUGUAUGAUGAAUAAUAAGAUUAAAUGAUCAAUUAAUAAUGGACUAUUAUGUUAAAAAACUAAACGUUAAAUGCGUUGUAUUCAACUAUAAAAUACUCCUUGUUCAUUCAAAAAUUACUUGGUGAACUACAACGAGCUAUGUUGUGCUUUUGGUCUUGUAUCCUGAUACAAAUAAUACAAACCUCUAUUACAAUACGAUAUGUCAUGCAAAACAAGUAUCAUGAUUCAUUGAUACACGAGGAAUCAUUACACCCCUACUGCAGAGGCGUGCCGUCAGGACCUUAUCCUCUGCUGACCAGACAGUGCCAAGUAAACCGUCAGUCAAAUUACAUUACGUUGCCUCACUCACUUGCGUACAGUGUGCUUGCUUAUACUAUGAAACAUACUACUCUAAUUAUUAUUUGUUCAUUUGUCCUGACACCUUUAUCCAAGAUGACUUACAGGGUUUACUAGAGGUUUAAGAGUAGAGGGGGUUCCUGAAGGGGAUGUGAUCAGCCAAUAAGAGAUCUGCAUUUCCCCCGCAUAAGUCUAAAACAAUGACCAGACGCUAGAAAAAAAAACAGUUGAGGGUAUUCUCCGUUUCAGUUGAAGGUCUUGAGUGAAUUUAACCAAUAGGCGAGUCAAAGAAUGUCCUUUCUUUUAGACAGGCAACCAAUCAGGAGUGAGCAGAGGCGGGCCAUAAAUCUCCCAGGGUAUUCUCUGCCUCACUUGAAGGGCCUGCUUUAGCAACCAAUGGGAACGUCAAAGCUCUGACAGCUGACCAAUCAUUAGUGAGCAACCCCAAAACAUGAAUAUUCCUUGGUUAGCACUGCAGUUAGGAGGAUAGCUGGAUUUGCACGAUAUUGCUUAUAAAUAUACAUUGAUAAAUACAACUACCUUUACAACAUCUAAUUAUUUGGAAUUUUAUUUUACACUAAAAUAAAAAAAAUGUGAGAAAACGGAGACAUCAUAGUUGAUUUGGUUACGAAUCCUUUUUCAAGGAGAACUUUCUCUGAGAAAUUGGAGUUUGUUUUAAAAAAAGGGAGAUGUACACCACAGAUCCCCGAGCUGACACGGGAAGGGAAAAGAUAUACUCGGCACCUUUAGAAUUAGGUAGGUAGCUGCCACUUAAAAAAAAGGAGGGGGGGCAGUGACGACUCUGCUGCCCCAGUCCAUUUUGUCACGACACGCCACUGCCCUACUGUCAAGAGUUUCCACGAUGAAGUUUUGCAUAACUUUACAUUCUGCUUAUAGCUGUUGUGAAUUGUUUGCCAUUUCUAGAUUAUUUUAAAGUACAAAAUUGAUUAUUUUGAAGGAAGCACCAAUUUAGCAAAAUAAUAGGCAAAACUUCAUUCAGAAUGUUUAAACAGGUUUUCGGUGUCUGAAUUGCUGUCUGUAAAUGCAUGGAAGAUAUAUGUUUAUUCUUGUUCCGUGGAUCUUUUGUUGCUGUUGGUUUUCAUCCAUGAAGUAGUUUUUUUUUUUGCUUUUUGUUUUCUACAAUAGCCAGUAAACAUGGGAAAUACUGAAUAAAUUAACUUGAGUUGCUCUGGAGAUUUUAGUUCAUGGCAUGAUAGAAAAAUAAAUGUUCUUUAUGGCAUAUUACAAUUAAACCUCUGCAAGUGGGGGUAUUAGAAAUAUAUUAGGACUGCUCCGAGUAAUAGAUUAAUCGGACCGAUUUGAUAGCAGAUUAAUUAAAAAAAAAAAAAAAAAAUUUGCAGUUCUAUUUUUGUAAAAUAGAACUUGUUAAAAUAAAAUCAACUAAUUGAACUGCAUUUUCUCUGCGGCAGUCCAAUCAUAAGUGAGCGGAGGCGGGACAUAAACAGUUGAAGGUCUUUAUUAGAUUUAACCAAUGGGAGAGUCAAAGAUCUGCCCCUUAUUAUACAGGUGUCUAAUCAUGAGUGAGCAGAGGCGGGACAAAAAUAUGUUAGGAUAGGGUGCUUAUUAUAGAGACAGCUAUGGAGAAUUCUAUUGAGAACUUCAAAGUAAUAUUUCAAAUUGCUUUUUACAAAUAAAAAAAAAAAAGUCAUAGACAAUUGAGACAUUGUCGUCGAUUUUGGUUACGAAUCAAUUUUCAAGAACGUUCUUAGAAAGAAAUACCUGAAGGCACCAAUUCUUUUUUUUUAAAGAUUCUAUUGAUUUUUUUAGUAUUACUAUGCAGGACAGCCGCUCUUUACUUUUAAAACGCUGUGAAUGUAGAAGCCUUUAGGCGACUUUCACGCGAUUUGAUUGUCUCUUGUAAUGCUGAAAUGUUCAUAUUUCCUGAUUACCCAAACCCGAGAUGGAAUUGUUCUCCUCUAACUCACUGGAGGCUAUUAUUUUGUAUAAUACAUGGAUACCCUUGUAAUGCUAAUAUUAAAGAAGGCAAGGUUCAGCAGUACAUUUGUUGUUUUUUUUAACCUUAGUGUUUCAGUGCUGUACAGACGUUCUAUGUUGUUAUCCGUUAGUGCUUCAGCUUUAUUUGGAUGAUUGCCUUUACCUUAAUUCCCCGUUCCUCUCCAGUUUCUCUGAGAUAUGAAUGUACCAGCUUUACAUCACUUUUUUAAUGUAUUCUCAUUUUGUUGAUCAUUAAUGAACAUUUCUGUACUGUGGGUGUUGUCGAGUGAUUGAAAACGAGACAUUUUGUGUUUGAAUUGAAAGUGAUGGUCUCGGGAGUCGA